AUGGAUGCGGCCUUUUCUAAACAUUAAAACUGAAAGUGGUCACGCGGAGCGAAUGCUGGUGUAAAGAACUGUCUCAUUUUAGUGUAGCAGUGUUUGUAUUAUGAUCAGUGCCUGCAUAAUUUCGUACGUUACACUUUGUCUCACAACGGAGCCUAUCCUACUUCUGCACUCUUGAAAGUCCACGCUUCCUUGUUUUGUCACCAGAAACUACCCGGACAUCCAUGAGUCCACAGCGUGUGUUUUGGCCUUGUCCAUGAGAAACAGAAUGAUGAUGUCUAUACUUUUUGUCCCGAUGGUUUCGGGAUAGCAACACAAAUACCGUCUUUGCAUUUCACAACAGUUGAAAAGAUUCUCCCAUAACAAAAAGCUAGUCUCACAUCUUAAGAAUUUCAACAUGUACAAAAGCUUGGCUGGUUUAAAAACUACUAUCCCAGCGGAAUUGUCGCGGUUGGCACGUCUUCCUCGACCCAUUAAAUUGACAGCUCUCAGCCUUUCGUUGGGUGUCGCCCUGAUUGGUGCCCUCGCCAUGUUCUUCCAAAGACGACGCAAACGCACACAGAUGAUUCAGAAAAAACUGGAGGCGAAGCAGCAGCAACGUCAGCAGCAGAAUCAUCAUCAUCAUCACAACCACAGCGCUCAUCACGCCGCACGCCAUCAGCCUUCAACACAGUCCGUCGGAAAUAAAUCUGCAAGUUCAUCGAGGAGGUUAAGGAGUCCUCGAAUGCACACAGUAAAUGGGGACGUUCUGUCGCGCCGGAACAAUGCGAGCAGCGUGGACGCGGAGCUGCCGCCUCUCCUGCGCCAGCGGGAACUCUCCCUGUCCUUGAACAGUCUGGGCGCCAUCUCGCACACGUCCAGCUCUUCCACCAUCACACACUCGGGCCUGGACACGGCCAACAUGUCCAGUGCUGACCUGUGUCAGCUCGGCAUGGAGAAUCUGUCACUGGCCGUUUCUUUUUGGGAAGACGCUGUGAUGAAACUGUCUUAUUUAGAUGACCAUACCAACGUUUUAGCAAUACCAGACUCGGAGACGUCCAACCUGCAACACAAGCUGGAGAACCUUCUGGACCUGGCGUACCGCAUGCAGGACAACUACGAGCGUCUGUGCGAGCGGGACGCCGACCACAUCGCGCUCGAGUCGGCGCUCUCUGUCUUCCGGGAGAACCAGGACAAGAGCUUUGAGGACGACUCCAGCGACCAGGAGUCCUUCGUGUCGGCCACGGAUAUGGCAAACUUGACAGAUCUGGAUUUCAAUCGUGAUAUUCUGCACCACGUUCCGUUGUACGAAGCUGGGAUGUUGGAGCUCAAGUAUGGAAAUGUGCCGUGUCGAACCAUCAGACCAGAUAUGGUGAAAUGCCUUUCAGAUGUGGAAUUCUUGGCCAAAUUACAUGGCAUACGGUUAGCAUUUCAGAGCAUAUUUCAGGAGGAGGAGAAGAAGACGUGGUUCAAGAAGAUGGGCAGGAAGCUGAUCGGAGAUCUCCUCAUCAAAGCUGACAAGGAUGUGGAGGAGUUUCACACGACGUACGACAAAAUGAUGGACUACAUCAGCGUGGAGGCCAACUGGCCUCAGAUUGAGGAGGAGCUGAGGGGGAGAGGGGUGCGUGUCAUGUCCUUCUACGACAUCGUCCUCGACUUCAUCCUCAUGGACGCCUUUGAUGACCUUGCCAACCCCCCGUCCACCGUGCUGACCGUCGUCCAGAACAGGUGGCUCUCCAACGGCUUCAAGGAGACUGCUUUAGCUACUGCUGUGUGGUCUGUGUUGAAGGCAAAGAGAAGUCUUUUGAAGUUCAACGAUGGAUUCAUCGCUCAUUUUUACUCCAUUUCUGAGCACACGAGUCCCUUGUUAGCGUGGGGUUUUCUGGGACCAGACUCUGAACUGAAGGACAUGUGCAAUUUUUUCAAGGAUCUGGUUCUGGGCUUCAUCCGUGAGAUGUUCAGUUUCAACAAAGUUCGCUUCACGGACGUAGAGGCUCUGGCCCAGGACAUCCUGGAGAUGGCGCAGGCCAAGAGCGACCUGGCGGCAGAGAAGCUCAAGGUGGACAGCCCCGACCACACCCCGGUCAACGUCGUCUUGUAGGCCCGAACCUCACUUCUCUCGCUCGUCGUUAGUGCCGCUGUGUCAGUGCGGAGAGGCAGCUGUCCUUUUUUUUUAGCUUUUAUCUCGUUUGCUGAGGGUCAAUAAUAAUUGAUGUGAAGUGAAUAUAUUAUGUUUGAUAUGUGCCAACUUUUUUUUUGGAAUGGGAAUUUUUUUUUCUUUUUCUUUUUUUUUCGGUGAUAGAUAGAGCUAGGACUGUUUAAUCAGACAUAUUUCAGCUGUGCAAUGAAUUCCAUUUAAAUUUGUCUUGUUUGCCUAGGGUUUGUGAUAUGGAUAUGAAGUGAGCGUAUUAUGUUUGAUAUGGGACUACUUUUUUUUUAAAGAAGAAUUUUUUUUUAAAUAUUGAAAGCAAGAACUGUUCCAUAAGACAAGAUACUUAAACAGUGCAGCAACACUUGCAAACCCCGGUCAGCAAAGAGGUCACAUUGUGCUGCAGUCUCUGCCUGACUGUUUAAAACUUUGCUCGCCCAAUCGGUGAAGGGAUUUAAUGUGGGUAGACGACAAAGACUAAGGAAAGGAUGGAUAAGAACGCAUAUUAGGCACCAACACCAGGCUCACUUUUUCGCUCUGGUACAGCGUAUCUGAUGGCUAGAUAAAUGCUGAAGCCAAGAGGUAAACCCGCAAACAAACUGCGUGCAUCCACAAAUGGAAAGGAGGCCCUUAUAUGCGCAAAAGUGGCCCCCUCUUCCAGAAUGGGUCUCGUUGGCCAAAGUAGAAGCCACAGGUCCUCUAAAUCCUUACUUCUUCUAUUUCUCUUGAAGAAAUAUUCUCCUCUGCAGACACAUUGGUCUUUGUCAUACAUUGACGGAUAAACAAGUCAGACAUUGAGGGAUUAACAUGUCAGACAUUGACGGAUUAACAUGUCAGACAUUGACGGAUAAACAUGUCAGACAUUGAGGGAUAAACAUGUCAGACAUUGACAGAUAAACAUGUCAGACAUUGACGGAUUAACAUGUCAGACAUUGAGGGAUUAACAUGAAGGCUUUGGGGAUGGGUGUCUGUGGUGUAACAGUUAGGUUCGUUGCUGUUAGAUGUAAAAGACAUGAGAUCAAUUCUUGCAGGGAUAAAUGCGCAGUCGAAAUGGUCUAAAACGGCCACUCUUUGUCAAGGAGAAAAGUAGUUGUCUCAUCGUCUCAAGACAGGUGAACGUCUGACGUUGUUGUUAUAUAUAUAAAGUGAAAAAAAGACGAGAUGGGAAGUGGUCGUUUGUUACGGGGGAUUGUCUUGGACAGGUGGCCGUUACAGCGGCUUUGACUGCACUCGUUAGAGUGGCUUUGACUGCACUCGUUAGAGCGGCUUUGACUGCACUAGCUUCUGUGGUCUGCCUCUAAUAUUUUCACUGAUUUCCUGCUCAUCAU